GGCAGAACGUAUCGAGUUACGGCAGAAUAACGUGAAGCAACCACCGGAAGCUGCUUGAUUCUACAUCCGGUGGAUGCUGAAGGCUGGUGUUUUGGGGGGAAAGGAAGGAAACAGAACAUGACGCCGGAACUGGAUCUAACACCCCCUGAGGUUCCCGAACCGACUUUCCUGGAAAAUGUCCUGCGUUAUGGUCUCUUCCUGGGUGCCAUAUUUCAGCUUGUAUGUAUUCUUGCCGUGAUAAUACCUUCUUCAAAGGUGCACAACCAGGAGGAGGCUGAACACAGUGACACACAAGGCACAGAACAGAGCAAGAAAGUUAAAGGAUCAGUUCCUCAGCCCCGACAGAAACCAAAGAAAGAGAGCAAGAAGAAAAGAUGAGUGACUGUGUAAAAUAAGGAUUUCUGAGGUUUGUGCUGGGGGGGGGGGUUGUCACUGAGAGCAGUUGUCUGUGGAAAAACAGUGAAAAUAAUUCCAUGAACCAGAAAGCCCUCAACUUUGGAUUAAAUAAGCCAGUUAAAAAACUGAAGACAACAUUUGUUGAUGUUUUGAGCAGGCAAAACAAAUGGUUUAACAAAUGAAAAAUUCCCUCAAGAAAAUUGCAGAAAAUCUUUAAUUUCUUACAAACAGACCUCUCAUUCCAAAGCAAUAGAUGUUAGUCACUACUCUGGUUUUUAAAAACUGAAAUCCAGCCAUGGAUAUUUAUUUUAAUUGUUCUUUUGGCUUUGAGAAAUAUUGUGUACAAGUUUACUCCUGUCAAGGAAACCCCGGUGUCUAUAAAACAGUAACUAAGACCAAUUUAAACACUACUUCGUGUCGUCAAGACCCUGUUUGUAUUUGCCUUCUGCUUUAUUGUUCAGUCAAGUAAUGUGUUUUGAAUUUUUAUAAUCUUACGUUGCUAUAUUUACAAUGUGCCGCUUUUCUGCAGAAUAGAGUGUUAAAAGGUCAAACAUGACUUUGCCUUGUUUUUCCACUUGGCUAUGCUUUAUAAAAAUAUGUAGAGAAAAUAAAAUUCAGCUGUAA